AUGGUCUCCUUGGAAGCAAUGGCGGCGUUUCUUCGACAGCAGGACCCCAAUAGGGAUUGGUCGGCCGGUUUGGGUCAAAUCGGGGGACAAGAGAAAGUACUCAGAGAAAAUCCUUCGGAACCGAUUGUUCCAUCCACAGCAACACUCCCUACCCCCAUUGCGACUUCCUCCAGAAUUCCACCAGAAAGAGAAGCUCCGUCGACUACCCCACCACAUAAGUCCUCGGAAUCCUCAGAAACUCCACAACACAGUGAUUCAAUGGAGAUUGACCCCAUCUCAGCUCAUUACGAUUCCGACUCGGAAGAACGUGAAGCGAGGAAAGGUCGGGAACAGGGGAGCCUACAGGGAGCAGUUGAGUCAGAGAAAACACUGACGGCGGGAGUCGUUCCCCAAAAAGUGGCGAGGGAGGAGAUAGAUCUGAACGAAUCAGCCAAGAAGCAGGGCCUAAUGACCGAUGAGAAAUUUCAGGCCAUUUUAGAUGAUGAAACGAAAGUAAAAGAAACAAAAGCGAGACCAGAAGUACCCAACCCAGUGGCACCUCCAGUAGUAAAGCCCAAGCCCGUCAAUCGGAGACUAGUAUUAAAGGCUGAUCCUAAGGCAGACCGGCCUAAACCGCACAGGGUUUCACAGAGGUGUUUGGGAAAGUGGGCAGCCAAAAAGGCCAAACCGAACACAGCGGCAGAUCUGCUUGAGAUCGUGAGUGAAGAUGAACGGGAAACUCCCACAAAGCCUGGGGAGGAGUCCUUACCUACUGCCGACCCAAGGGAUUCUGCAAUGGUAGUCGAUGAUGCCCCUCAGACACAAGGUGGCCGGAGUGAAGAUACUGAAAGGAUGGUUGAGGGUCUGGACCUCGCAUCCGAGUCAGUAGAACCUGAGGGAUCGGAGGAGGAUGGCACCCAUGUAGAGAACCGUUCCACUGCCCAGGAGGAGUCAUUAGCAGAAGAGGAAGCCAGAUACCAAGUAGAGAGGAAACAGAAAGGAAAAGCCGUUAUGAAGAAAAAGCCUAGUACCAAGAAACCGCGUAUCGUGAACACUGGCAUAGUGAUCACUGAGGCUGCUCAGAGGACCCCAUCAAGCCGGCGAGAGCAGAGUGAUAGUGAGUAUGGGAUCAGUGAGGAAUUUGAAUCGGAUAGUGAUACGUCCACGGAGGAUGAGGAGUACAAGGAGCAACAACUUCCAAACGAUCAUAGGGAGUUAUUGCAUCCACCUGCAGAGAGACUCCGAUAUAAGCGUUGGUCGGUGAAGCUCACAGACGACGUGGUGGAGGAGAUGAAAUUGUUUGACUCCAAGAAGCUCCAGGACGCCUACCGCACCAAGGAUGACAAAAGCAAGCAGAUCAAGUGUGGGAAGGACAGUCGAAUUCUGUAG